CAGACUGAAACGACAACGUUUUUCUGCCAGCUCAUAAUUGCCAAAACCCCGAAUCAUAGAGUUUUAGAGCAGAAAAACAAUCAAAAUACCCCGAGACACACACAUAAACAGUGUGUUACAGAGAGAAACGUCAAAGGAAAAUGGAAGGAGCAUCCUACCAACGCUUUCCAAGAAUCAAAAUCCGAGAACUCAAAGACGACUACUGCAAAUUCGAGCUCCGAGACACAGACGCGUCAAUGGCCAACGCGCUUAGGCGCGUGAUGAUAGCAGAAGUACCCACUGUCGCUAUCGACCUGGUCGAAAUCGAAGUUAACUCUUCAGUUCUGAACGACGAAUUCAUCGCUCAUCGUCUCGGUCUUAUUCCUCUUACCAGUGAACGUGCAAUGAGCAUGCGCUUCUCACGUGAUUGUGACGCUUGUGAUGGUGAUGGUCAAUGUGAUUAUUGCUCUGUUGAGUUUCACCUUCGUGCUAAAUGUAUCACUGAUCAAACCCUAGAUGUUACUAGUAAGGACUUGUAUAGCUCUGAUCACACAGUCGUUCCUGUUGAUUUUUCCGAUUCUUCUGGUUAUGAUUCCUCUGAGCAAAGGGGGAUUAUUAUUGUGAAGCUGCGAAGAGGGCAGGAAUUGAGAUUGAGAGCAAUUGCUAGGAAAGGGAUUGGGAAGGAUCAUGCAAAAUGGUCACCUGCAGCGACUGUAACAUUCAUGUAUGAGCCAGAUAUUCAUAUCAACGAGGAUCUGAUGGAAAGUUUGUCACUUGAGGAGAAACAGAGUUGGGUUGAAAGUAGUCCUACUAAAGUGUUUGAUAUCGAUCCUAAUACUCAACAGGUUGUAGUGGUUGAUCCUGAAGCAUACACUUAUGAUGAAGAAGUAAUCAAGAAAGCAGAAUCUAUGGGGAAGCCAGGGCUUGUGAAUAUCCAGGCCAAGGAAGACAGUUUUAUAUUCACAGUUGAAUCAACUGGUGCAAUUAAAGCUUCUCAUCUGGUACUCAAUGCCAUAGAAAUUCUGAAACAAAAAUUGGAUGCUGUUCGCCUUUCAGAGGACACUGUGGAAGCUGAUGAUCAAUUUGGAGAGCUAGGUGCCCACAUGCGCGGAGGAUGAUCUAGUUUGCAAAUAGAGUUAUUAGUUGAUCCUUGUUGGCCCCUAAGAAAAUUAUCACCUUCUGUUUUACUAUGCGUCAUUUACAAUAUCUUAUGCUAACUGCAUCUCUUUUAUGCCAUGUACAUCUCUGCAUCUGUAUGAGACAUUGACUUCUACCUACUGUACUAGGCAACGAUGCUUAUUACUUUGAUACAGAGAGUGCCAUGAUUAUGAUGCAGAAUCUUGGUGCUCUAACUUGGAUUCUUGGUUGCCCUGCUCAACAAUGUGAGCCAAGUCCAGAUGGCAUCUUUUUUUACCCCCUUGAAAUUAUGCUGGAUGGGAUUCUUCAUGAUUUUAGAUAUCACAAAAAAAAGAAAAAGAGGAUGUAUGAUAGAUGUUUUCACAACUAUGACUUUAGAAGACACACUGACUUGCUGAAUUUUACAAGAUGUUUUGUUUAAUGAAAUGAAAAUUUUCUUA